UAAGGGCAGAACACGGGCAAAAGCUUCAGACGCUACCGAGCAUGCUCAGCAGAAGACAUUUCCGUCCGGGGCAGCAGCGCAGAGACCGAUUGUUCGGAACGUAACCGAGGGCGCCUCCUUUGCAAAGAGAGCCAAGAUUAGGGCCCUUAUGGGAGAAGGAUUUAGUAGUUUCUCUCGUGCAAGCCGCGGAUUCUAACUUUCACAAGGGAACUAAAGCUGAGCAGGACUAUUGACAGGUAGGAGAUAGUGACAAUGGAGGAUGAUUUUCUCUUGGCCAGGUGGGAGAAAGGAGAGUAAGCACUGCUCAUCUCAGGAUGUUUUUUUCCAUUCAUGGCCUGCUGGACUGAAAACAAUUAGCUGUCCUGGGAACAUGGCUUUCAGAAACGUGAACAGAAAGAGACAUAUUGGUCUGCAACAUCUUUCAGCUUUGGCUUCCACUGGACGGACACUUUUAGGACCCAUGAAAUUGUCCAAAUUUAUAGUUGAUGAAAGUAUUCCUGGUGGUGUGUUGAUUUGCUCUCCACUGAGACUUCUUGAGAACAUGGAUUUAAGUAGUGCUGUGGGGCAGCUUCUUAAUGAAGCCAUCCAAGCACAGAACAAAGAUUAUAAAACAGGGAUGACCACUCUGCUCUUUCUUGUUGGUGCAUGGAGCAAUGCUAUACUUGAGUGCCUUCAACAUGAUGUUCCACUUUCACUCAUAGUAGCUAUAAUGUCUGAAGGUCUGGAUUCUUGCAUUGAACAAGUGCAAUCUAUUACAUUAUCACUGCACAACAUACAGCAAAAGCUAAAGGAUAUUCCUACAGAUUGCGAAGGCAUGAGCCUUAUCAAUAGUAACUCUAGCCUCUCUGGAAAACAGUUUACAGACAUUAAGAGCACAGUUAGUAAGUCUGGGACUAGUAUUUUAAAUCUACUUAAAAAUGAACUAUCGGAAGAAAACUCAGAAGAUCAUAUGUUCCAGCAAACAAAUGAUAUCAACCCAGUCAUAUCCAUCACCAACAGUAUGAAAUGUUUACUAUCUGAGUCAAUGAACAGCAAUUUUGUUUGCAGUGUUUUCAGUGUUCAGAAAAACUCUGAUUUGCAUUUUGAUGCCUUGACUUACAACAGAAGAUCAAAAUUAACCCAUAGUAGAUACUUUAGCAAUGUAAAUAAAUGUCAAUCACCACAACAAACAAUACAUCUGGAUGACUGUCCAAAACCUUUUGACAAGCUGAGUUAUUUGGGACUACUAGCAUUAUCUCUUAGCCAUGGAAAUGAAUCUGCCACAAAAAUGAUACAGGACAUUCUCAGUUGCCAGCUUCCAGGUGCCAAUCAAAAAACUGAUACCUGUCCUUUCCAAUUUGAUAUUUCAGAAAUUGUGACAUGCUGUUUAUCAGGAAUAUCUGAAAGUCAUUCGUGUGUUCACCCUGGCUAUAUCACACUUGUAUGUCCUGCAAAAGCUGCUGCUGUGAAGCAAUUUCAGGAUAUGCCUAUUCGUGUUAUUCUUGUAGAUGGUGACCUUACUGAAACUUAUCACCAUUUAGGGUUUAAUAGAUUAGAGAAUAUGAGCAUGUUUUCAGAAAAUGUGUCUCAUUCAAAGGAAAGCUCAAGUUUAUGGGUUGAGUCUAUAAUGGACAUUCUGAUUCAGUCUAAUAUUAAUUUAAUUUUGGUACAAGGUGACACAUGUGAAAUUCUAGAAGAAAAAUGUCUCCUACAUAAAAUAGUGAUAGUUAAUCAUGUGGACCAUAAUGUGUUGAGAGCUUUUAGUAAUAUUAUGAGAGCUGAGAUAGUGACUUACAUCAAUCAAGUGAAUGAGGAUUGUAUUGUCAAAGGCAUAUGCAUGAAUCUCUAUGGAGCUCUGGAAUUAAAUUUGGUGGAGGUCAGUGGCCAAAUCCCACUUGCUUUAACAGCAGAAGGACUUCGAUUGGUAACAGUUGUGCUCUGUUGCCCUUUUAUGUCAAAGAUGCAAGCCAUGGAAGAUCAGUUUUGGACCUGUGUGUACCGUCUGCAUCAUGCACUUCUUGAUCAGGCUGUUUUUCCAGGAGGUGGUGCAGUUGAGCUCCUAUGCCUCUGUUUUCUUGAAAAACUAGAAAAAGCAACGCCAAACUCUACAGGCCAAUUUCAUUUUGCCUCUUCCUGGUUUGCAAAAUCCUCAGAACAAUAUAAAUCUUUGGUGCUUAGUGUUUUGGCAAGUGGUUGGCGCCAGUACUUGUUUGCUGUCAUGGGUAAUGCAGCAAACUGUGCAUCAGAGUUUGAAACCCACACUGUCAUACAGCAGCAUCUCCGAAGAGCAGCUGUGCAUGGUUCACCAUCAGCUUACAUCCUGGAGGAAUUUAGUAAGGGAAAAGUAGGAGUAAGCAUUGGACAUUCUGAUAUAGGUGGAAAGGCUUUGAAAGUGUGUGACAAUAUUACUGCUAAGAUAGAAGCUUGGCGGAGAGCUCUAGAAUUGGUGCUCUUGGUCCUUCAGACGGAUGCUGAAAUUAUUGUAGGCCCAAAAAAGGAUGAAUUGUUGAAAUCCCAAGACUCAUGUGACUUCCUAUUUUUAUAGGAUUCUGUGUUGCUGUUAACAGAUAAUUAACAGUAUUAAUUAGCUAUUAAUAGUAUUUGUGGGCAAAGUCAGGAGCAAAAAAUGUAUCUGAAAACCCAGUCCAGAAUUAUGGAACCUUUGUUUCAUACCUUGAUGAACGUAUACCUUGAUGAACGUAUCUUUUCUUUUUCUUUUAUGUACACUGAGAGCAUAUGCACCAAGACAAAUUCCUUGUGUGUCCAAUCACACUUGGCCAAUAGAAAAUUCUAUUCUAUUCUAUUCUAUUCUAAAACAAAGUUCACCCUCAGGGAAUGAGUUCCUGAAAGACUCAUUUCUAUUAUUUCAAUAUAAUUGGCAAUGAUGUAAUCUGGUGAAAAUUUAAUUGCAGCUGCAUCCCCUCUUUUAAAUGGGACUUAAACUCCAUUAAAUCUGUGAAAAUUUUGUCUUUCAUUAAACAGAAAUAUUAAAGGGCUCAAAAGUAUAGAAAAGGGACUUUUAAAGGCAAUGUUUGUAUCAACAUGUUCAUUAAAUUUGUUUUAGCAAAUGCUUAUUGAGCAUUUAGGUUUAGAGUGUAAAACGAGUAUUUAAAAAUGGUUGUUAUGUGUAUGUGUAUGGCUGUUGAGAGUAUGGCUGUUCUUAAAAUAAAAUCUAUAUGUAUACAUAAUCACUUGUAAAGACCCAAUUUCAAGUCUGAGAGAAACCUGCAGUAUAGUAAGGCAGACUUACGCAACCUAUUCAACUUCUGAUUUUUUUUCUCAUAAUGCUCUUAGUGUACAAACUGUGCACACUAAGUGGACAUUGUGAUGGUAUCUAAAUGAGAGCAAGAUCAACAAGAGAUGUGAAAACAUACCUUCCUCCCCCCCAACACCUGACAAUUUUAGAAAGUAUGGGGGAAAUAGAUAUUCUCCACUCUCCCCCAUUUCCCUUCUGGAUUUUAUGUACAUUUUUCUUUCUUUUGUGGACUUGGACUUUGCUGGCCAUGGCUGAUGAGGUAGCAGAGAUUCUUUUUAAAAAAUCUAGAGACUGGUCUGUAUGAAUCAGGAAGGCCCUGGUUCAAAUCUGCAUUCUCUUAAUGAAUUGUCUUUAGAUAAAAUGUGGUCUCCAUCAAUCCUAAAAUCCUGCAAUAUAUAUAGAAUAUUGGGAUGGGAUCAUUGUAAGAGUUCUAAAAUGUAUUUAAAGUUUCUUGAACACCUAGAUAAUAUAUUAAAACACAAAUUCUAAUGUGAUAAUGGCCCUAUUAAUUUAAGUGGGAUGCAUCAGACCGUUAGAGAAUUACCCUGAUGUUUUGACUGUCAUUGAUAAUAAUCCUAAUGAUCUAUGUUUGUAAGAUUUCUAGGGCAACGCAUACAGACCCCCCCCCAUUGAAACUUUCCCUUUCUUCCUUGUGAAACCUUCU